AUGAAGACGCAGUGAAAGAAUCUAAAAGUUAAACUGCUGACGAAGAAUCUAUAAGUGAAGAUGCAGCGGAAGAAAAUCCAGAAAUGGAAGUUGACAGCGCGGCGGAUGAAGGAGCAAAUUAUGUCACGCUGGAUACUGUGUCGAACCAUGAUGGGGAUUCUGAUGAUGGGAAAGAUGAUGAAAAAAUAGUGGAGGAGGAAACGAGGAGCAAAUCUCCAGAGCCAAUAUCUGAUGUUGAGGAUGAUCCGGAGGUUGGAGAUCCUCCUUGUUUUGAUGAUGAUAGCAUCCCUAUUGUUCCCGAGGAAGAAGUUAAAGUGAAAGUCAAAGAGUCGGAAGAAUAUCUUCGGUAUUGGAAAAUGGUAGUGGACAGUCCACAUGAUUUCACAGCCUGGACUUACCUGUUGCAGUUGGUUGAGCAAGAUCGUAAGAUGGCGCUUGCUCGAAGGGCUUACAACAACUUCUUUAAGCGGUAUCCACUCUGCUAUGGUUACUGGAAAAAGUUUUCUGAAAUUGAAAGAAAGAAGGGGAAUUUGAUAAAAGCACAAGUGAUUUUGGAAAGAGGUGUUCGUGCCAUUCCACUAAGUAUUGAUCUGUGGGUACAUGUGAUUGAUUUCUAUAUUAAACAUUAUAAAGGUCCUGAUGCUGGGAGCAAAAAGGUUCGGAUAGUGUUUGAACGAGCAAUGAAAGCUGCUGGGGAGGAGUUUCGAUCGGAGAAACUUUGGAACAAAUACAUAAAAUGGGAAAUUGACAACAAAAAUUGGAUAAAUGUCAUGAAACUUUAUGAUAGAGCCAUGUCCACACAAACACAACACUAUUCAAUAUUUUUCAACGACCUGAAGGAGUUUGUGAACACGCACGCACCUCAGGAUCUUCUUAUGCCGGAAGCAUUUGAAAAACUUCUUUCUGAGGUUCGAGUGACACCUCCACUUCCAACAUUAGAGAAACGGGAGCAGAACAAACAAAAAGAGAAAGCAAAGAAAAAUCCGGAUGCGAUUGAUAUCGAUAGUGAAAGUGAUGAAGAUGAGGGAGCGACUGUGGAUGAUGUGGACAUGGAGGAAGCUCCUCCAGGUGUGGAGGAACACGAAAAACCUCCGAAUGAGGAGGAGCAGAAACACAUGCGUCAGUUGAUCAUUAAAGAGAAAAAGAAAAUAUUUGAGGCAACCGAGAGAAUUGUCACCAAAAUCUGGGCUUUUGAGGAAGGGGUCAAACGGCCGUACUUCCAUGUUAAACAGCUGGAACGGGCUCAGUUGAAAAAUUGGAGAGAGUAUUUAGAUAUGGAGAUUAACAAUGGGAAUCACCAUAGAAUUGUGCUGCUGUUUGAACGCUGCCUUAUUGCCUGUGCGUUGUAUGAGGAUUUUUGGCUCAAAUAUGCAAAGUAUAUGUCUAAUCAUGAUGUGGUGAAGGCAGGCAAGAUAUAUGAGCGUGCUUGUACGAUUCAUUUACCCAAGAAACCCACAAUUCAUAUGCAGUGGGCAGCUCAUGAAGAGUUGCAGGGCAACACCUCCACUGCAAUUGAAAUCCUGGAAAACCUGAACAAGGUCUUGCCGGGGAUGGCCAUGAUUAAAAUGCGCCGAGUUGCCCUUCAGCGCAGAGCAGGUAACAUACAAGCAGCUGAAGAUAUACUUAUAAGCUAUGUUACUGUUGCAGAAAAGGACAAAGAGAUUUUGUUUUACACUCGCAAACUAGCAUGGUUCCUUUUUAAAAUAUCCAACAAGAAAGACGAAGCUCGGAAGUUACUAAAAGAUUUGAUUCCCAAGUUCAAGGAAGAGAUUAACCUUUACAAUGAUUUAGUUGAAAUGGAGUUCCAACAUGCAAGCACGAGUUCCAACGACCAGGAUGAGCUACUUGCUUUAGAAGCAUUUGACUUAGCUAUUGCGAACGAAAAAUUUUCCGAGGACCAAAAAUUCUCUUUUUCUCAAAGAAAACUAGAAUUUCUAGAAGAUUACGGGUGUGACGUGAAACGGUUGCAAAAAACUUACGAGGAACACCAGAAAUUGGUUCGUAGUCAAAAAAAGCGGCACCAAUCAGAAGCAGGAGAUGCUUCUAACCCAGCUGCUAAAAAAGCGAAAACUGAUACACCGAUUACUGUUGUAGCUUCCACGCCCAACCAACUAUCGAACGGUUCUCGAUAUUCAGCAACAUCAAGCACUGCACCUGUAAGUUAUGUUACAACACCAACACAGUCAACUACUGCAGCUUAUUCAGCCACCGACCCUAGUCUGUAUUAUCAACAGAAUUAUUGGAACUAUCAGCAAAAAGCGAGCGAAAACCCGCAGUAUAACUACAGCCAGUGGAGCCAGUACUACCAACAACAGCAAGGACACCAGUGAACCUGAACAUAUGUUCUGUAAAUAAGACACUAAAUGCUGGUAAUCGUUACCAAAAAAACUCUUUAGAAUAGCUGUGUCAUGUUUUUGCUUUUUAUAAUUGAAAUUCCAAUUUCCAAUGGACUCACUUGGCUCUUUUAAGUGUACUGCCACAGCUGGGUGUUUGUGUAUCUUUUUUAUUACAGCUUUAACUAGUUGUGAAUGGAAUAAAAAUGCUUCUGACAUCUUCCGAUAAAUGCAAAUACUGUUAUGUUAUGUAAAUGCGAAUAAAUCUUUUUGUCAAAUUCCAAUGGCUGUACACCUGUACAGAACAUUAUUGUCACAUCGCCAAAUUUUGUUUCACAAUGUCAUUUCUUUGCUUAAACAUAAUUAUAAAAUAAAAAAAUACUGCGUAGUCAUUUCAUCGAAGUGCUAUGCCUGUGAUUUAAAUUGUAUCAACAGGUUUGAAAAUAAACCAAUAAGUGAACUUA